AUGUCUGUGGCCAGCGCAAGAGCCCAAGCAGACUCGUGGGGCAGCCCAUCCGCCUCCACGCCCCCCACAGUUCUCCAACGGCGCCCUCUACAGCCCGCGACUGCGAUACGCGACGACUGGGAUGACGAGCACGAGGAGGUGGACACGCGCGAGGACCCACAGAAGCUCUGGGAGGAUGCGAACCAACGCGCCCCCAUGCCCGAGCUCGUAAUCGCCCACUCCAGCACCCACGGACCCAGCGCCGCGUCCCCGCCCCCGGCUGCCUUCCAGCCCGUGCUGCGCAUCCUCAAACGUCCCACCUCCGGCUCCGGGUCCCCCGUGCCCUCCCCCGCGUCGUCGUCCUCAGGCUCUCCCGCACCAGACAACUCGUACGCGGCGCGCGAAGCCCGCUACCAGGCCGCCCGCGAACGCAUCUUCGGCGACGCAAGCCCUGGGGCGUCCACCCCGAAUCUCCAGACCAGCCCGGCCCCUAGCUCAGCUUCCACCUCGACUGCGCCGCGAUCGCCACCGCUUGGGGGUGGGCCGCCGCAGAUUCGUGGGGCGCCUCCGGCCGUGCAGAUCGCGCGGGAGCCGCGCGGGCCUCCGGUCAACUCCGCGAGCCCGGACUCUGGUCAGGGACAGGGCUUUGGUGGACGGCGGAGCCGGAGGCGAGGAGGAGGGAAGGGGGCGGGUGGUCAGACGUGA